AUGUCUAAAAACACAUGCUCGUACAAAUCGAAGCUGUCACAUUUCAGCGAAUACUCCAGAAGAGGUCUAGACCGAAGAAAAAGAAUACGAAGAGGAUUGUCUGACAACCGCGUGAUCAUCACCCAUCACUUUACCGAGAGAACUGUCACUCCUGGCGGUGAUAUCAGCAUGCAAUGCUCUGCCACCGGGGACCGACCACCGCAGUUUGUGUGGGAAAGAGAUGGCGUCACUAUGUCCAGUAACACUGAUCCGAGGUACGCCUUAGGCCAAGUGAUGACAUCAGACAAUUCAGUCGUAGCGCAACUGAACAUCACCAGAGUAAGAGUAGAAGAUGGCGGCUUAUACUCCUGCACAGCAAGAGAAGGAGAUCAUUCCGCCACCCAUGAAAACAGACUCGAUGUUUAUGGACCUCCGUACAUUCGAUCAUUGCCCCCAAUCAAAGUUCAAAGUGGAGAACCUAUUAAUUUAAGAUGCCCUUUCUAUGGAUAUCCAAUAAGUAAAAUAGACUGGGAACAUAAAGGGAAAACAAUAAAUUCAAACAACUUAUUCCAAAGUCGAUAUAAAAGGAAUCAAAGUCAUACAAAAAAGAAAAUACGCAGAAGCAUUUCCAAUAUACAUGGAAUACUUACAAUACCAGAAAUCAACAAAGAAGACAACGGCGCUGUAUAUACGUGCAUAGUAACGUCACCAUCUGGUGAAAUGGCAAGAAGAGCGUUUGAAAUACAAGUGAUAGAAGCGCCAAUUCUUGAAGAUCUCCUACUUGGCAAUAACCUUCAAGAGGGUCAAAUAGUUAAUAUUUAUUGCAACGUUCGUAGCGGAGAUUUGCCGAUACAUUUUGAAUGGUUGAAAGAUGGGAAGAGAAUACCCAGCAGCUUAAAAGUCGUAGAAAGAAGUUCGGAGCUCUUCAGUGCAUUAGUGAUAAAAAAAGUGUCGUUAGAACACUGUGGAACUUAUACAUGCGUCGCUUCUAACCACGUUGCUAAAGUUAAUAGAUCGACGGAAUUGUACAUUAAAGUGGCACCAAAAUGGUUGGAAGAGCCUAAUAACUCCUCAUUACUUUUGGGAAGAAGAGGCGCUGUAUCUUGUAGUGCCAGUGGAUACCCUCAGCCUCAAGUUCACUGGAUGAAAAAAGACGCAAUGUUAGGAACCUGGCAACCAGUGCUGGAGUUAGCUGGCGGUGGAAUACUAAGCUUGCCCAACGGCACUCUAAUAAUUGAGGAAGUGUCACUCACAGACGAGGGUCUAUAUUCUUGUAACGUGGAAAAUGGCGUCGGAACACCGCUCAGUAAAACUGUCUGGAUGAGCGUUAACAAGCCGGUUCAUUUUGAGGUGUCAUCGACCAACGUGACGUCAAGACUGGGGCACCCCGUCACAUUGGAGUGUCGAGCGCUCGGUGAUGAUCCUAUAAGGAUUGCUUGGACCCAUGAUGGCAAAAGUUUGGAUUCUUCAAGUCACAGAGCAAAACACUCGGAGUCAAAGACUGCUCUCGGUCUAACUUCAACCAUCAACGUACAAUUCUCUGAGGCGGUGGACGCAGGCUUCUACCAAUGUCGUGCUAGUAACCCGUACGGCACCGCUGCUUUUAAUAUAUUCCUAACUAUACUAGAACCUCCAACCCCGCCAUCCGAGCUACGUGUGGAGUCAGUCCGCUCCCGUACAGCCGUGGUAUCGUGGAGGGAAGCACGCGCUCACGCCAAACACUACGCGCUACAAUACGCACCAGCACACUACGCAGACGCAGGGUGGGAACAUGCAGUUAACAUCAAUGUUACCAGGAAAGAAAACGACAUUCGUCAAACCAUCGAACUUCAGAAUCUGCGACCGGCGACUGCAUAUGUAGUUCGCGUCGCGACGGGCAAUGAAGUGGGGGUCAGUCGGUAUACCGCCCCCAUACAUCUCACUACCCAUGAGGAAGCUCCAACAUCUCCGCCUAUAAACAUCCAAGUGGAACAAACAGAAAACCCUGGGGAGUUAUUUCUAUCGUGGUCACCGCCACCUAAAGACAGCCAUAACGGAGUCAUAACCGGAUACCACAUAAAAGCCGUUCCACAAAAUAUUGGGCCUGUUUCAGACGAUGGUGAAACACGAAAUGUUAAAGUGUCACAACUAUCCGGAAAACAAGAAACAACUAUCAGUGGUCUCCUAAAAAAUACAAGAUAUGCUGUAACGAUAUCAGCUUAUAACAGCGCUGGGUCAGGACCCUUUUCUCUGCCGGUAUUUCAAGAUACGAUGGAAGGCGCUCCAGAACAUGCUCCAUCUUCUGUGGAAUGCACAGCAGUGUCUUCCACUUCACUAAGGGUUGGCUGGCAACCUAUCGCUAUUCAUGGACAAGGAAGUUCUUUGAUUGGAUAUUCGAUCUUGUAUGCUACAGAAGAUAGUGUUUGGCACAAUCAAACAUCACUCCACACGGAGAUUUACCUUCAGAGCUUGACAAAAUACACGAACUACAGUGUUAAAGUAGCUGGUUUUUCUAACUAUGGACCUGGGCCACCUUCAUACCCUAUCGUGUGUUCUACGCUUCAAGAUGUGCCAGACGCACCGGCAGAUAUUAAAGUUCUAAUCCUAUCUCCGACAUCACUGUUGGUCAGUUGGAAGAAACCAGAACAUCCCAAUGGAGAACUCCUUUACUACACGGUCUACGUAAAGCCAACUUCAGGAAGCGGUUCACCUCAAACCCUGCGAGUGGACGUGGCGCGCACGACGGCGGAGGUGAAGGAGCUCACGACGGGCCGACCCUACGAGGCCUGGGUCACAGCCAGCACACGAGUGGGGGAGGGGACUGCCAGUAAACGUGUCUCGCAGAUGCCAGUACAACGGGUGGUAGCCGGCGUAGCAUCUCUCGGCGGCUCAAUAUCAGUGGGGGUGGGAUCAUCCCUCCUGCUAGUCUGCCAGUGUGUGGGCAUCCCUCCACCUCGAACGGUGUGGUACCACAAGCACAACAUCAUCACUCACCAUCCCAGGUUCACUAGGAAUCACGAUGACAGCCUACUGAUUAACAACAUAGACCAAUCUCUAAGCGGUAACUACACAUGUCUCGCCAAAAACCUAUUCGGCUCCGACUCAGUAGAGUACACAGUGAUAGUUCUACCUCUACCCGAAGCGCCGAUACUAAGGGCCACUCCUUACAAAGACUCCAUACUUGUCGAAUGGGAACAGCCUUAUUACGCUGUUGGUAACAAAAGUUCCAGCCAAAAAAUUACUUACAGCUUAACAUGGAAAGAAGCAAGCGGGCCCUGGCAAGAAGCAUGGUCGCCGAACAAAUUGGCCAACAAGUUGUCCAACCUGUCAGGCGUACAGAAACACGCGCUCACAGGCCUCAAAUGUGGCACAAAAUAUUCUCUAAGAAUUACAGCCACUAACAAAGUUGGAACUUCUCAACCUGCCUAUUUGGAUGUCAGUACUUUAGGUGGAGCACCUCUUCCGCCUACAACAAACGAAUGGUUCUGGAGCAACUGCUCACACAUCUACAUCCAACUGGCUGGAUGGGACGACGCCGGCUGCGAGUUGAGGACAUGGGAUGUGGAAUACCGCGUAUUGGGCUCCAGAGGUUGGAUCCGUGCACAUAACACUCUGACAUACACAGAUCCGUCGUGGAACGUACCACUCUAUCAGUCGGGUUACAGAGCGAGUUCUUUCGCGAUUUCUGCGUUAUCGCCAGCCACGUGGUACCAGCUCAGAGUCACCGCCACGAAUGAAGCUGGCAGCGUCACUACUGCCUAUAACUAUGCUACUAAAACUCUAGAUGGUGGUGAAGUGGGACCCCCUUCCGAGUUUUUUGACCUGAACAUGAUGGUGAUCUUAUUCAGCUCCAUCCUUCUUAUUAUAUGCCUUAUAUGCUGCCUCUAUAUGAUAAUGAUACGGCAUAGCUGUUUCAGAAACAACACGUUCACUGAGUACCGUGACUCUAUAACCGUGGACAACAAGUCUGAGAGCGGCAACAUAACCGCCAAUACGUCGCAUAGUAACCUCGCCAACGUGAAGGAGAAUGCCAUCAACGCGCAGAAUAGGAUAUACAGUGCGCCUAUACAUGUACGGAACAAUAGCAAACAUGAACUGUACGAAAUUAGUCCAUACGCGCAAUUCGCAGUGGGCUUCCGCACAUUCGGUCACGUGGAGAAUCAGGAUAUGCCGAACCGACAUAAUAUGAAACAAAGAUAUGAUACAGAAACAAGUUUCCAAGUAUGUUCAGAAUCUGAAGACAGCGACAGUAUAUCCAAGUCAACAUUAAAAAGUGUUCCAAGAAAAGCAUGCCGGACCCCACAUCAUAGGUAACUAGUUAACUAAAUCGCCUUUAAAUACUUGGAAUGAAAUUCCAAGACAGUUGUACAUUUGCGAUGUAAAAAUCAUGUCUCAGAAAUUAUUACUCGUGGGUAAGAAGGUUAUGUUUCUAUUAUUUUGUUUAAGUAUUUCUAACUAUAACGAAAGUAACAUUAUUAUUUAAUUAUACUCAUGUCAAAACUAAGAACCAGUUGAGACUGAAACCUAGAACAUUUUUUAACAACCUACAUAUAAUUAAGUUAAUUUUAUUGAGAAACCAACAAAAUUUGAUUUGUUUAUUUCAUUUUACUUUGAGGUUAUAUACGAGUAUUCUCCCGAUGAUGACAAAUGCAAAAAAUAUAAAAUUGUUGAUUUUUAAAUCUUUAAACCUGUUAAUUUGUUUAAUGUAAGUUUAAGUAGGGCCUUAAGGAACAAUCUUUGUAAAUUGAAGUUUGUUUGCAUACUUGUUAAAUCAAAGGUUUGGUAAACAAAUGCCGGUAAAGUCAAAGUAUUAUCCAAUUUAAAUUCAAAUCAUAUUAAGUAAGGUGAAAUAUUCUGAAAGGUUCAUUAAAUAUAAAAGACAAGUUGUAAAAUAUGCCCAUUACACAUAGGUAACUAAUAAUAAUAAAAUAACAUUUUAAGUAAUUUUAUAUUUGUACAUUGUUGUUGCAUAGUACUUUAGUUCUCUGUAUAAAACGACUAAUAAAAUACGUGUAGGUUGGAAAUCGCCUGCAUUUUUGUUUACAUUUAAUCUAUAUUUAUUUAUUCUAGUCAAGAUCUUCUAGUCAAAGACCAAUUUUAGAUUGAAACUUAUGUGCCAAUUCUUUGUAGCUUUGUGCGAUUUAACAUUUACAAUGAAAUUAUAUGACCUAUUACAAUUGACCCACUUGUUAUUCUAUGUCAAAAAGGUGGUUUACCAUUGUUAUAGUUAACACGUUCGCUGCGGUACGAGGUCAAUUUGACCUCGUAAGUCUAGCGUCUUCAAGAGUUACGAGGUCUAUGGACCUCGUAUCACACAUAACGUUUUAGUACGAGGUCAAAAAACCUCGUAACGCACCAGAGGAAAGUACAGAAAAAUCAGUGCCGCAGCGAACGUGUUAACGUAAAUGCUCCUGGCAAUCCCCGCCAUUACUCUUAUACGGUCAACGAUUGUGUUUUGUGUGCUGUAAGCAACCUACGAAUAACGUCAGCCACAUACGAUCAAGUUUACCGUCAAGUCUGCAGCGCGCUUUGCUAUGUAAAAAUGAAAAUAAUUUUCGAAAUAAGGCUAUCUCUGAUCAUAAAAUUGGUCUUGCCUCGUAAAGUACAAUACUAUUUUACAUUAUUCGAUAAGUGCGGAUUGUGCUAAAAUAUCUGCGAGAAGACUGAUUAUUAUUCAUCUUAAUUAAUGGUUAUUUUGAUCUAUAUUAAUAAUUUUAUUUAGAAAUAAUAAAUGUUAGAUAAAUAU